AUGGCAAUGUUUGUGAAACGUGCCCGUAGCUGCUGCUGCUGUUACGACGGGGAUGCCGAUAGGGAAGACGGAAGUGUGUCGCCGUUGUGGUUACAGUCGUUGGUGGGCGAGCAGAAGCGCGAUGAGACGAAAGCGGCCCGGAGUCACGGGCUCUCCGUUCCCCCCACCAGUUGGCCAGCCAUAAGAGUCAUGCCUAAUGAAAUCUGUUUGACAGAUCGAUGGUUUCAGAUGGUGGUUAAACCACCAAAUUCAUCCUCAUUCCCAGUCAAGUGUCGCAGAUUCCACUGGCAAUGA